AUGAAGGAAACUUGUGGAUUGGAAGAAGAUUUUGAACCUAUUGAAACAAACAUCAAUAACCUGUGCUAUACUGACACACUACUCUGUUAUGGAAUUGCUGGUUCUACCAAUGUGACAGGGGACCAAGUCAAGAAGUUAGACGUUCUUUCCAAUGACAUGGUGAUCAACAUGCUCAAAUCAUCGUUCUCCGCUUGUGUCAUUGUGUCAGAAGAAAACAAAGAAGCAGUUAUAGUGGAAGAAGACAGACAGGGUAAAUAUGUCGUCUGCAUUGAUCCACUUGAUGGCUCUUCUAAUAUUGAUUGCCUUGUUUCUAUUGGAACUAUUUUUGCUAUCUAUAAAAAGGUUUCUCCUGGUGCUCCUUGUGAAAAGGAUGCUCUGCAGCCCGGUCGUAAUCUAGUAGCAGCUGGUUAUGCCCUCUAUGGAAGUGCUACCAUGCUUGUCUUGGCCCUGGAAUCUGGUGUCAAUUGCUUUAUGCUUGAUCCGGCAAUUGGUGAAUUCAUUUUGGUCAAUAAGGAUGUAAAAAUAAAGAAAAAGGGAAAUAUCUACAGUCUAAAUGAGGGAUAUGCAGCAUACUUUGAUCCUGCAGUCAAGGAAUAUCUUGAGAAGAAGAAAUUUCCCCAAGACGGGAGCUCUCCCUAUGGCAGCAGGUAUAUAGGUUCUAUGGUGGCUGAUGUGCAUCGUACUUUGGUGUAUGGAGGAAUCUUUUUAUACCCAGCCAAUUCAAAGAGCCCUAAGGGAAAGCUGAGAUUGCUGUAUGAGUGCAACCCCAUGGCUUUCAUCAUCGAAAAAGCUGGAGGGAUGGCAACCACAGGCAAGGAGGCGAUCUUGGACAUUAUGCCUGAAAACAUUCACGAGCGUGUGCCAAUUGUGCUGGGCUCUUCAGAGGAUGUGGAGGAAUACUUAGCCUUGGUCAAGAAACAUUCAGCUAAAUAAGGAACAGGAGACUGCCAAGAUCCCAAGAGAAACAUCUUGCCACUGGACCAAGCCCAUGUGUGGUGUGCUGCAGCUUUGGAAUGCCCCAAAAAUUAAUACAAUGUGAUUUUUCCAAAUGAUAUUAAAAUUUUUAUUUGCUCAA